AUGACUGAGUUCAACACUUCUGUACGGUUUAAUUCGCCGCCAUUUUCGAGUGCUGAUCUGGAUGAACUGAUUCAAACAGCCAAGCAAGCAUGUUAUCCUAAGCAGUCACGUUUCGCUAACACAGCUGCCCAUCUCUAUUCCACUCAAAAAGCAUCUCAAAUCCCGGGUUCCUCGCUCCCAAGUGGCCAAGAUCACUCAUCGGUGGAAAUGAAACUCCGCGCUUAUGAUAUCGAUUUGUCGUCUCCUGUAAAAGCGGUGAAUGUAAAUGGACAGGCCUUCAAGCCGUCCUGGUGUCCAGAACGACGACCAGUUCAUGAGGUUAGUGAGGUGGUCAAUUCUGGAAACUCAAGCCAUAUUGUGAGUCUUGAGAACAAUCCAAAAAGUGAUUUCAUUGCCAGAAAAGAACUGCCAUUUAUUGUGAAAGCAUUAAGACAACGUCAAAGCGAUGAAACGAGGACAUUUAAGAGGACCCAGAAUGAGUUAAACCAUAACGAUGCUCCUCUGAAUUCCAGUCACAUUGCAAAGAAUCCACAUUGCUUCUUAUCUUCAUAUGACAAACUCAACUCUUCAACUUCAAUUCAUGGUAUUCCCAAUUCAGUACCAUCAAUUAAUGAUCGUUCCAAACAACGUUCUACGACAGCCUCUCCAACAAUUCAACGUAAAUUACCUACGAAUCACAAGUACUCCUCUCCAGAUACACUGAAGUUUACCGAAUCCCAGCAAGAAGAUUCAUUCAGCUUAUGUGAUGGAAAACCAUUUGGAACUGAAAAAGCUCCUAACCCUCGUAACGAGACUGAUGGAAAACUGCUGAAAACACCCGUUUUCGGUUAUUCUUCGGCAUUAGUAACCAAAAUUGGUGAUCAUGAAUUUGUUCGUAACAAUGAACAAUUGAGUGCGUCAUCCGUUCUCGCACCACGAUCACAAAAGUCGUUCGGUGAUCAUCAGCCGACUGCCAACAGCAAAGUGAAUUCAUUCAACCGUACGGCAGCGCCGUUUAUCUCCGCAAAACGAUCUCCGUUGCCAUCGAUCUCAGUUGCGUGUGCACAAUUGCAAUCAGCUGAAAUCGAUUCAAAUGCUCUCAUCAAUGAUUCAAAGAAUGGUUUCAAUUCUCUGAAGUUUGCGCAACAGCAACAAUGUCAACAACAGAUUGAAAGAUGUGCGGAUGACGAUUAUGAUGCUGAUAAGAUCCGUUCAAAAUUUCACGCAUCCUCACCAAACCAUUUACAAUCGUCAUCCCUUCAGCAGCAGCAGCAGCAACAUUCCAAUCGUCCUCAACUAACCACUACCACUCAAACAAGUGACAGUUGUCCACAACGAAGCCAUUUUGCGCUGAAUUCGUCACAUUCCACCACUUGGAUGCCUCACUGGCGAGGUUCACAUCUGAAGCAACAUCAUAAUCCCAGUUCGUCAAUCACCGACGAUCAAACAAGCCAUCCAUUUAUGCAAAGUGAAUGUGUCACUUCUGUGGCACCGUCAGAUUCCGGUCACUCGCUGUUAUCCUCGUCGUUGUUCUCAUGCGCUCCAUCAGCCAGCGUUCACGCGUCA